GACAUCAAGCCGAUGAGGGACCAAAUAGUCCGCGUGAAGCGAUACGAAAAAGUUCCUCUCAUCCUGGUGGGGAAUAAAGUUGACCUGGAAUCGGAGAGGGAGGUUUUGUCAGCGGAAGGCCGAGCUCUGGCCCAGGAGUGGGGCUGCCCCUUCAUGGAGACCUCUGCCAAGAGCAAGACCAUGGUGGAUGAACUCUUUGCCGAGAUUGUGCGACAAAUGAACUAUGCAUCCCUGCCGGAAAAGCAAGAGCAGUGUUGUACAACUUGUGUUGUCCAGUGAGGGAGAAAGCAAACUCUCCAUCAUGGCCAUGCAGAG